GUGCAUGCCUAGGUACUACUAGGUAGUGGCAUAGUACCUACCAGGUCCUACCUACUAUGUAUUGUACCUAGUCUAUACCCCCAUAUACUCCCAUCAUACAUAUUCACUGUUCAAUAUUCAAUGCUAUUAAAACAUUAUAUCAUCAUUUACAAUAGAGACAAAUCAAUAUUUAAACCAUGCCCAAUUCCCUGAACAUAGCUCUAAGGAACACCAGCAAUUCCGACCAAGUAUACGCAUACAUCACCGGAAUAGCCCUUCAACAUGGCGGACAACGCUGCAUACUCCAAGCCGACGGACACGGCCUCUACUUCCCCCAGAACCCUCCACGAAUCUGUUCUCCCCUAGCCGAAGACUGCGCCAUCCCCCUCGGCCCACCGGGCAGCACCGUCACCGUCACGAUCCCGCAGAUGGCCGGCGGCCGCAUCUGGGUGUCGCGGGGCGGGAAGCUCACGUUUCUCCUGAACCCGGGGCCGGCGCUCGUCGAGCCCAGCGUGCUGAACCCGACCGACCCGAACCGGGACCUCGACUUCGGCUUCUGCGAGUUCACCCUCAACGACGCCCAGCUCUACGCCAACCUCACUUACGUCGACUUUGUGCCCCGCCUGCCCCUCGCCAUGACCCUCACCCGGGUCUCCGGCUCCGCCCAGCACGUCGCUGGCAUGCCCCCCGAAGGCCUGGACCGUCUCGCCGCCGACCUGCGCGAGCAGGCGCGCAGCGACGGGCUCCCGUGGGAUAGGCUGGUUGUCGAGCGCAACGGCACGGUCCUCCGCGUGCUGAACCCCACGCACGGGAACGGCGUCGGCGCGCGGUUCAGCGGGUACUUCGAGCCGUUCGUCGACGCAGUAUGGGCGCGCUACCGAGAAAGGCAGCAACAAGCCCUGAUGAUAGACACGCAAGCGGCGCCGGGCGUGCUGCGGGCGGACUUCACGAGCGACAGCGAGGUCGUGGUCGGGAAGGAGAGGUUCGGCAGGCCGAGCACGGCGGACAUCCUGGGGUGCAACAGCGGGCCGUUCACGACGGGGCCGUCGCCCGUGCGCAACGCCAUCAUCCCGCGGCUCGCCGCGGCCUUCGCCCGCUCCGCCCUGCUCGAAGACCACCGCCACCCCUCGCCCCCGGACACGUUCUACCGCCGGGAGCCGACGAACCACUACGCCCGCCUCGUGCACGCGCACACCGUCGACGGGAAGGGCUACGCGUUCGCCUACGACGACGUGCAGCCGAGCGGCGGCGACGAUCAGUCCGGGAAGGUCAAUGCGGGGGACCCGGUCCUGCUUACGGUGACGGUGGGGGGAGGCCUGGCACAAUAGAAUGCGCCGGCUCCCGGGUUUGCGAAUCUUAUCAUGGCGUGGUGUUCUUAGUCCCUAACUUUACCGAGUUGGGUUGGGUUGCAUUAGUUACGAGACACAUUAGACGUAGACGAGUUCUAAAAGGUUUCACUAGUUGAUGCUUGAAAAGGGGAGGUGGCGCUUUUUUUCAACGACGGAUUUAACGAGCAAAAAGGUCCCUGAAAAACGGAGCUCGGUGUAUUGGCGCGCUUCAAGGCCACGACAGAAAUGGUUUGGGUAUGAGGCAGUUAAUUGUCUUUUUGCACUCUGUCACACCUUUCUAUCAAGGUAGUACUUCGUAUUCCAUAGCGUUUAGAAUAUGGGCUCAAUUUUGUACUACCCAAUGAUUAAUUGGCCCUUUUAGGCUCGAUUAAGUUGAUGAUUUAGAGCGAUAGGUAUUGAAGUGAAG